AUGCAAGCACAAACUACACGAUCCUUGGGGAAGCCAGGAGGGUCAUGUCUCACCCGUGGCAGCCGCCGCUCAAGCGCGCCACCUAGCGUCCACUGUCAGAAGUCAGACGGUCAGCGCAUAGAGCAGCUAGCAGGUUACAAUGCAGUUCCUGGGUCGGCUGCUGGACACAGUGUCCUCUGUGUCUACCCUCUUCACAAACCCGUACCGGAGACACCAGGUGUGGUUCUGAGGUUGUUCCAGGUGGUUUCAGAGGAGGACGCCAUGAACUGGUUCCCUCAGUACGCCCUCAAACUCCGACCCUUCUAUGAGAUACUACCUCUGAAGCCAGAGACCGCGCAGACAAUCGUGGACUGCAUCCGCAGCCACCCGGACUGGAGCUCCGCCCACAUUGCUGUGGAAACAGGCCUGAGAGAGUGUCUCAAACACAACUAUGUUCAGAGUCAGAUCAAUGCUCGCGAUGCGUCGGGUCAGACGCCCCUGCACCUGGCCUGUGACCGUGGUGACCUGGCAUGUGUCAAGGAGCUGCUGGAAGAGAGCCAGGCCCGUACUGACAUCAAAGAUCAGAAUGGAGAAACCCCUAUGCACUAUGCCUCCAAACAGGAUUCUCCUGUCAUCGUACAGGUCCUGUGUUCACGCUUGUGCUCAGGGGUUGAUGAGCUGAAUAAGAAUGGCGAAACGCCGCUCCAUGUGGCCUGCCGUUUGGGACGGGUGGAGUCUGUGAAGGCCCUCCUGGGGGGUGGCGCUAAGUGUAAUGUCAUUGGUGGCAUAGGCUACCCCAUCCACACCGCCAUGAAAUAUAGUGAGAAAGGAUGUGUGGAAGAGAUCCUGAAAGCAGACCCAGGCCAGCUUCAGGCUCAGGACUGUCUGUAUGGAGGGACCCCUCUGCACUGGACCAAAACUGCUGAGAUGUGUCGUCUGCUGCUGGAGCACGGCUGUGAAGUGAACUAUCUCAGUAAGACCGGAGAGAGCGCCCUGCACAUUUUGACCAAACGGGGACGCUUCGAGGCUGCGAUGGUGCUGCUCACACACGGGGCCAAUGCUAACCUAAAGGGUCAGGAUGGAAACACAGCUCUACAUCUAGCAAUGAAGAUGGACCACAUGGAUUUGAUCAAAGCUCUGAUUGUGUUUGGAGCUGAUGUGGAGAUCCAUAACGACCUGGGAGAAACUCCAGGACUCAUUGCUGCACGUACCAGCAAAGGUCCUAAUAGAAAGAUACUGCUGGACAUGCUGUGUAGUGUAGGAGUCCAGCGUUGCCUUCCUCCCUCCCCUGGCAGCCCUCCUCCCAUCUCCAACAAGGCCAAGCCUGGAGGCAUAGGCUUUGAGGACAUUAUGUAUGUCGGAGCUGCCAUCGGUGCAAUUAACAGAGGACUAACUGAAACCGAUGGCCCAAAAUUAAAGAAGAGGAGGCUGGAGAGGCUGUUGUCCCUAGAUGGUGGAGGUAUCAGAGGCCUGGUGCUGAUCCAGAUGUUGAUUGCUCUUGAGAGAGAAGCAGGACGACCCACCAGAGAGCUCUUUGACUGGAUAGCCGGCACAAGCACGGGGGGUAUCCUUGCCCUCGCCAUAAUCCAUGGUAAGUCUCUAGAGUACCUGCGCUGCUUAUAUUUUAGGAUGAAGGAACAAGUUUUCAAAGGGUCAAGACCCUAUGAAUCAGCACCACUGGAGGACUUCCUGAAGAAAGAAUUUGGGGAAAACACAAAGAUGACAGAUGUCCAGUACCCAAGAGUGAUGGUGACCAGCGUUCUGGCUGAUAGACAUCCAGGAGAGCUACAUAUCUUCAGGAACUACGACCCGCCAUCUCUUCAAAGAGAGCCCCCGUAUGCCACCACUGCCACCUUCAAACCUCUCACUAUUCCACAAGAGCAACUUGUGUGGAGAGCUGCUCGCUCUAGCGGUGCUGCUCCUACCUACUUCCGACCAAUGGGCCGCUUUCUGGAUGGAGGACUGCUGGCUAAUAACCCGACACUGGACGCCAUGUCAGAAAUCCAUCAGUACAACAAGGCCUUAAAAGCUGAGGGUCAGGAGGCGGACAUCAAGAAGCUGGGUAUAGUUGUUUCUCUUGGCACAGGUAAACCUCCACAGGAAGUGGUGUCCUCUGUGGAUGUCUUCAGGCCAUCCAACCCUUUAGAGCUGGCCAAGUCUUUCGUAGGAGCAAAGGAGCUUGGCAAGAUGCUGGUGGACUGUUGCACAGACUCUGAUGGUUGUGCUGUGGACAGAGCCAGAGCCUGGUGUGAAAUGAUCGACACCAUCUACCACAGACUGAGUCCUCAGCUGUCUCAGGAGGUGAUGCUGGACGAGGUCAGCGACGCGGUUCUGGUGGACAUGCUGUGGGAAACCCAGAUGUACCUGUAUGAGAAGCGGGAGACCCUCCAGUCUCUAGCAGAACUAUUACUAUGCAACUGACAGUGCAAGGAAAUCAAAAGAGAUGGAAUAGGGAUUGAAAGAGGGAGGAGACAGAAUUGAGCCAUAUGGCUGUUUCUGGACUGCGGUAAUCAUGUUGGUUCGCUGUAUUUAAAAAAAAAAAGAAAAGAAUAAUCCAGUGACCCCAUGUACAAACUCAGCAAUAUCAGAAACUUGACAGACAUAGAUAUAACUUAAAAAA